CACUCGGCUCGGUCGGUCGUGUAUUCUCCGCUUCGUUCGUUCGGUGUUUGAGUUUACGGUUUUCUUUUCUUUCCACUUUCACGAGACGCGGCAGCAGAUUUUCCACGGGAUUGUCCGCGGAUUGUGUUUGGUUCGGUGUUUUGAUUUUGCUCGGCACGGAUACGGAAACUGGAUACGGAGCUGGUUCGGAGGGCGCCCUCCCCCCUAGGCACACGAUGGCCAACGUCAGCCCGAAAAGGUUCUCCGAGGAGGCCGAAGCGGCCGUCUCGGUGCUGCGCGCGAUCGUGACCUCGAAAAAGGGCGCGUCCACCGUGCACAGCGUGCUGGCCGAUUUCCGCGAGCUCGAGGGUGGCCCGCUGAUGUACAAAAAGUUUGGCUUUCCCAACGCGGACGAGUUCCUGAAGGCCACCGGCGCGUUUGUCGUGCAGAGCCGAAUGGGCGAGUCGGUGGUAUUUGCGAAGCAUUCUGCGGCCUCGGCGCACAUCCAGAAAAUGGUGUCGGCCCAGCGCAGCACCAAAACCAGAAAGUCCGGAUUUGCCGUUUUGCGGCAGCCGCAGAAGAGAACCGGUGGCAGCAGCUGGAACCCGAGCGCGUACAGUAAAAUGUACCCUCGGGUGCCGUACCCGGCCCAGAAAAAGUACCCACAGCAGCAGCAAUACUCGUCCUACCAGCGAAACAACGUCAAUCCGAGUCCCAAGCAGUUUUUCCCGCCGGGAUCGGCAAAAUACUCGUUCAACAGCCAACCCAAGCCGCUCAUGUCGCUGAAGAUAGCCCCACCAGCGCAGCAAAGCACUCCGGUUAACCGGCCUGAGGCAAACAACAACAGUUCAGCGGCCAAGAACCUGAACCGGGCCACCCAGGGCCAGGGACCACUCCCGAACAACGAUCUCCGGCACAGAAUCAACAACGACAGGGCGCCUCCCCCGCAGCAGAGGCAGCUGUCCUCCCUAGAACUAAAAAACCGUACUAACCAACACCAACAGCAGGACCUCCAGUCUCCAACUCACGUCAUCAACAAGGACGCCCUCCAGAAAACCAUCUACGACGCUCUGGCCAGCAACCAGGCCUUUAACGCACCACGGAGCGUCAACGCGCGGCUCAGCACGGACGUCGUCCGAACAUCGGAACCCGUCAAACCAUUCGAGGCAUCGCCCAAUGGUGUCGGACAGCCGCGCCAGGAAUUCAGUCGACCGGUUCGACCGGCGGCUGCUUCCCAGCAGCCGUUAAUUCUGGCGCCUCCCUCGCCUCCCGUGGUGCCGCUGCCGACGCUUCCCGGCAAGAAGUCGCCUCAGGAACGCCUCAAAAUCAACCAGCAAGUGGACAGCGUCGAUCUGGAGAAGGCCGCCAAGGUUGUCGCUCCGCAGACGUCACCACCGCGGGCGCCAGAACUAUCGCAGCAGACCUCUGUGUCGUCGCAGCCGGUAACACCGCCCGCAACCAACGUGGUGAACGCGGCGAAAGAGCCCUUCCAGUGGAACGACCCGAACGCGACCCCGGUCGAACUGCUGGUUCAGUACGCGCAGCACAACGGGUUCUGUCGGCCGAUUUACAAGUAUCUCCGCCUGAAGAACCAGCGCUUCCAGUGUCGCGUUACGGUGAACGGGUCGACGUACUCCACGUACCCGGCGGAUUACGCGAACGAGUUCGAGUGCCAGUUUGCGGCGGCACGAACCGCCAUCGAGAACAUCAAGCGAGAAAGCGAGCGGAACAACUACUCCGUGUGCCUGUGGACGGACUACGAGAUAGCGGUUAAGCUUUACGAGCUGUUGCUAAACUGCCCAAGCGGCAUGUUCAGCAAGAACAUCCCGGACGCGUUCCUGGAGGCGCACCAGUCGCUGCUGCCCGACCAGUGGGAGUCGGAGAUAAUGCUGGCGAGACCGCGGAUGUUCUACAAGGAAGAAGUAAGCCAAGCGUCGAUCUACUUUGCCGUCGCCGGUGAAAAUGGGUCGUCCGAAUCGGACGGUUCCAUCACUUCAGAGGCCAAGAUUAUGUCGGUCAAUAUGGUCGAGCUGCCGUGGGAAAAGACGUACUGGGACAUUUACGUGACCGCUCCGGUCUCGACGGUUGAAGUGUGGGCUCGGCUGGUCGGUCCAAAGCACAGCGACCGGAUGGACGCUCUGAGUACGGAGAUUGAGCUGGAGAUGAUGGACGAAGAACCAGCAAAACCGAAAAGCGUUAAAAGCGGCGAGUUCUACCUAUUGCUGAUCAUGGACUGCUGGCAUCGAAUCCGUGUCGAUGAAGUGGACUACGAGUCCAAUACGGCGAUGUGCUUCUUCAUUGACACCGGUGACCAGGAGACGGUGGCGCUCGACACAAUCUACGUGUGCGAUUCGCGGUAUCUGGAACUGCCAGCCCAAUCCGUGUGCUUCACACUGGACAAGCUCGAAGAUUUCGGCGAGAAUCCAAACGCGAAACCGCAUUUGGACUAUCUGAUUUGCGGCAAGGUUUCAAUUGGCCAGAUUCUUACGACGAAAGAAGAGUACGACAAGUUCGACACGAUCAAAAUAAUGCUGUACGACACGAGUACAGACGAAGACGUCAAUCUUAACGAGGUUCUGCUGGAGCACAUUUGCGCGGACACUCCUGUGCCCGAGCUGCAACGGAACGGUGUGACGACGGUGACGAUAGUCUUUGUGGACGACGAAGGGAAUGUCUACUGCCAGCUCAAGGACACCGCGAUGGUGUACAUUCAGAAGCUAAUCAACAACCUGGUCGAGAACGGUGCCCUCGAUAACCACCACCGUGGGUUGUACAAAACGUCCGGCGAGCAUCAGCUGUACCUGGUCCGGGACGAAGAAGAUCACAAGUACUACCGGGCGGCGAAAGAGUCCAAGGGCGAGUUCGACCGUUCCGUUCUGUACAUUGACUACGGAAUAAGGAAAACGGUCCAAUCGGUCAACUUGUACCGGCUACAAGCACUGAGUGCGGCGCUGUCCCGUUACCCGGCCCAAGCAAUCCGCACCAAGCUGUUUGACCUGCCAGAAAUGAACGAAUACUUGCUGAGCAGGCUCCGUGCGUUGCUGAAGCCGGGUGAGACGGCGAUGGUCAAAGUGGCCGCCAUGUCCUCCGUGGUACCGCUGGUCAAGGUACACAUGCAUUACGGCGAGAACCACAUUCUGGUCUGUUUGAACGACAGCAUCCGCGCGGAAAUGGAGCUUGAGAUCAACUCGGAGGAGGUGAUCUGCGAUCCGCGAGUUGCGGCGAACGAUGUCAACAGCAGCUUCAGCUCAACAGCCAGCUCCGCAAGGUUCGAUUCGGUGUCUGAUUACUCGAUGAGUAGUACCGGCGUAGCUGAAUUGUCUCAAAAUUUUAGCGGACUGAGUAUCGAACACGAUUAGGGCCGUGCUCUAAUCAGCCCCGUCCCAUCCCAGGUGGUGCCCCGGCUGACCAAGUGUCCGCUGCCACGCGUCGGCGACCUGUUCGACGUGACUGUGACGAUCGCGUCCAGCCCGAACUACUUUAUCGUGCAGCCGUACCGGCACGCCAAGGAGCUCAACACGCUGAUGGUGGACCUGCAGACGUACUGCAAAGGCACCGGCGCUCAGAUGGUGCCGCCGGACAGCGUUAAACAGGGUGAGGUGUACGCCGGGUUCGACAGUGACGACGGGAAUUGGUACCGAGUCUUGGUGGUCAACAUCCUGUGCGGACCCACGCUGAUCCACGUGUACUUUUGUGACUUUGGUCAGAUCAAGAUGCUGGACAGCAAAAUGUUGCGGGUUCUGCCACAGCAGCUUCGGCAUCUGCUUCCGCAGCAAGCGGUCAAGGCCAAACUUUACGGAGUUCAACCGCGCCACGGUGACUGGAGCACCGAGGACGCGGUCCGAUUUCAGCAGCUGACGGAGGGUAAGAAGUUUGCCAGCUACAUUCGCAGCAUCCAGGCGGACGAGUUCAAUCCGAACGACGACAUUGUGGAGCUGGAGCUGAUUGACGUAUCGACCAGCGAGGAUAUUAUGGUUUAUCAGCAGCUAGUGGACGAAGGGCGAGCCGUGUUGACUAGUAAGUAAGUUUUUUAUUCUGAAGCAAACUGUCGAAACCGUUGGCCGUCGGUUGGCAGGCUCACUUUCUACGCGUACGCUGCGUAGAAUCGCUCAGGGUUAUCGAGCGCACCAAUCGACGGACUGCGUAGAAACGAAGAAUCAAGACGAAAUUCAGGGUGAUAUUGCCACCAAUUUGCCUUAAAGCCGACUUAUAAGAAAAGUUGAAGUUUUUGACGAGAUUUUUUUAUGUCUAUUAACAAUACUCUCGAAGUUAAAAGUAAGACCUAAAAUAUUUAAUAAAAUAUUAACGAAUGUGCUAACUUGAAUCGAUAUACACAAUAUACAUUCCAUUAUGUAUGCUAACGAGCGAAAAGAAUCGCAAGCAAAACAAGAAGCAAUAUAAACAAUCACUCCCAGAAUUGCCAAAUUGCUUCGCUUUCGAGUGAAGAAAUGAUAUCCAACAUAUAUUUAUGUAGUUGUUAAUGGUACCUUUACACAUCGCAGCUGUGUAGUCGAGAAACAAUUGGAAACUGAAUGUGAUUAAUCUAUGAUAGAAAAGUUUAAAAUUAUAGCGGUUAAGUGUUGAUAUGGGAUAACACAGAUACUUUUUUUCCGGGUGAUGGUAAAUUGAAAGCAAAGUUGGGAUCUAUGUGUGAUUGUAGCUAGAAAUUAACAGAAAAAAAUAAUUUUGCCGUCUUCAUUUAACCUAAUCCACACGCAAUCACCAUAUUAACGAGUUCCGUUGUGUCUCACUUUAUCGUUACACGGUUUUAUUGUGUCUGCAUGAUAUACUUUAAAUAUUAUCCUCGUGCCUUUGAAAAUAAAACGAAAAGCAUAUUUAGGCAUCACAUAUGUUUCGCCCAACAAUAUAUUUAUUUUAGCUUUUUUUUCAAAAUCUUUAUCGUGAUAUCCUCCGGUUUCGCCACGCAGCAAUAAACAAAACAAAAAAUGUGGUAAACGCAAAAAAAGUAUUUAUUUUACUGGAUUUUUUUUUAUAAUAGCUAUAUAUUAUUCAAAUCGUUAGAACCAUAUCUGUUGAUUUCGUCCCUUCGCUGGGAGCUAUUUUAUCGAACAAGAUUAUUGCCUUAUGUGUUAAUCAUGAAUAAUGAUAAAAGCGUACUAAGCUUUAUUUAUUCGGAAGAAAUAUAUAAAAUGUAGCAUGCCUGCACUGAAAAAAAA